AUGAGAGACCUCGUAGUAGCCCUCCCCGUAACCGACUUUCCCGACUACCAGCGGAAGCUCUCCCUGACCGGGAUCAGCGAUCCGGUCGGGCAAUUUCAUAUUCUCCGCGGCUCUCGCAACGUCGUCCUCUAUCUCGCCAAGGCACGAGCGACCCCGGCUGUCGCGAAGUCGUUCAAGGAGGGCUGGUGGGCGAUCGAGCGCAUCUUCUACGGCUUCUUUCAGCACUCCAAGUUCACCGCCCUUGCCGUCCCCAAGGCUGAUGGCUUCAACGGCUCACACGACGUCCACAUGUUCGCGGGGGAUUGCAAGGAUGCGGCCGCCGCGCGGAAGGAUGGUCUCCUGACCACGCGCGGUAUUCCAUGCGCGUGCCCGCCGUGCAUCGCUCUUCUUUGGGGGGACUGCGAGAUGGUCGCCGUCUUUGGCAGGGUCAAGAAGCAGAAGGCGCCGCGUGCCGCAGGCGAGACGGCCGAGCUGCGGCAGAUGGAGUCGCUGGAGGUGUGGGCCGCGUCGCUCAAGGCGAAGCAGCUGUCCGCUGUCCGCGCAGAUCGGCGCGAGCAGUCGCUCGAGGGGCUCUACUGGCUGGCGGUGCUCAAGGGGAAGGCGUACACGCUGGCCGAGGACACGGUCGUCAACACCGACACCAUCCCCGCGGGCUAUCUCGUGGUCAAGGCGCAGUGGCUCAGGCUCGAGCAACGCGAGUGCGAGGGCAAGCUUCGCUGCUCGAGGCCGAGACGCUCAUCAUCGUGGGUGAAUCACAUGGUGCGGCUGGCGGGCUUGCGCUUCUCGCCCGGCCCGGGCGGCCCUUCGGACCGCCAGCUGAGGAGCGCGCGCGAGAAGCUCUAUUAUAUUGGCCUACAGACGCAUUACUCGCUCGAGGCGUGCUGCAGUGAAGACCAGUCUUAUUGA